AUGAGUCUGUGUUGCAUCCACAUCGGCACACUCUACAGAAUCCAUAAACUUUUUGGAGAAUUCAACGCGCUUCUCCGUGUGGUUCCAGAUGCGUACCGUCCCGCAUUGAGAGGUGGUGAUGAGUUGAUUGGAGCCGCAGGUGAGGAGAGAGGCGUCAAGGGUACCUGCUUCAACGUCCUAAAAGUCUUGGGGUCCCAUAUCGAAAUACUGCCAUUCGAAUCACCAGUCACCACUUGUCCGUCACCACCAAAGCAUAAACUCAACACGGUUUUCGGCUUGUCACGACCCUCAAAAGUGGCCACAGACUUCACAAGGACUCCUGUUGCUGGAUCGUAA